AUGAGUGUCACCAAUUCGUCACAACUAUUUUUUUCUAACCUCCCAUCUUCAAUCUCACUUGAUGAAGAUAUUAAAGAAUACAUCGCGAAUGUAUUAACCGAUAUCGAGGAUUUCGCUUCUUUGAGGGACGCCACAGAACAAUUCUUGAUUGAUGCAGGAACUAGUGACGAGGAAUUGGAAAGUUUUUAUUUAAAGCUAUCCGCGGAAUGGAAGGAAGACGAGCCUAGUUCUUCGGUAAGAGAUCUAGUAAAGAGAUUGCCAUCCGAGAUGCAGACAAAGGUUAACUUAUCGACCACCUCCAAGUCGGGUAACACAAGCAACCAAUCUAACGAAAAGACGACAAAGUCUUCUCCAACAAACCUGACAUCGACCGCUCGUACUGUCAGCUCAUCUUCGUCACCGCUGAAGAGCGAUGAUGUUGAAAUAGUGGCCUACUCGCAACAAUCGAGAUUUCACACCGAAACUUUAGAAACUUUAUCCAAGGAGGUGGACCUGAAAGAUGUCAAUAUCACGGUUGGUCACCAAGAGUUAUUGGUGGACUCGCGACUACAAUUGAAAACCGGAGUUCAUUAUGGAUUGAUCGGCCGUAACGGUGUUGGCAAAUCCACACUUUUAAGAUGUAUCGGAACUCGGGAAUUGAUUGGAUUUCCAAAAAAUGUCCGAGUGCUCUAUAUCGAGCAGUUGGAACACAUCGACGAGUCUCUAAGAGUCAUCGAUUUGGUUUUACAGGCCGACGAAGAACGAACCAUGCUCCUACAAGAGAAACAGAUCCUUCAGCAAGCGGCCGAAGGUGAAGUCAUGGAUGCCGAAAAUGCGGUGAAAAAAGUUAUGUUUGAAAGACUAAAGAAAGAAUUGAAAGAUGCAGAGAAGCUUGCAAUUCAGAGGAGUGGUAGAAGAGGCGUCGAAGCGAGACAAGAAUUGUUGGAUGCUGAAGCCAGGGUUUUGGAAGCCAAGAGAGCGCUGGAUGAAAAACACGAAAAUCAAAACGAGGAUUAUACGACAAAAUUGCAUGUGCUUCUUGAAGAAGUUUAUACAAAACUUGACCAGAUUGAUGCAGAUUCGGCCGAACCAAGAGCACGAGAGAUUUUAUCGGGAUUGGGGUUCUCUGAGAAACAGCAAUAUUCUCCCGUUGCUUCAUUGUCUUCACUCUCUGGUGGGUGGAGAAUGAGAGUAACGCUGGCACAAUCAUUAUUUUUGCAACCGGACAUCCUGCUUCUUGAUGAACCAACAAAUCACUUAGACUUACCGGCCAUCCUUUGGCUUCAAUCCUACCUCAACACCUUGAUCGAUACCACGAUGGUAAUAGUUUCUCAUGAUCGAAGAUUCUUAAAUAAGACGGUCACAGAAAUAAUUAGGUUCAAGGAUCAAAAGUUGACUUACCAUACCGGAAACUAUGAUGAGUUCGAGAAGAAUUUAGAGGAUCUGAGACUGAAAAAGGAGAGGAUGUAUGAGGCACAGGAAAAACAGAAGAAGCAUAUUGAAAUUA